GUGGGUGCGUUUGAACGACAUGCACCAUCGGUUGACUCUAUGCAUGAAGCAGCUGAGGAGAAGGUUGGUCAACCCCUUUCAGAGGUAGUGGUGGAGGAAGUAAAUGAUUUUCUUGAUGUGCACAAGCCCACCCUUGCCACCAUAGAGGGUGACGUUCGUGAUGCAAAAAAACGCAUCGCUUUGGCAAAGCCUCGAAGUAGGCCAGCGCCAAAGGUGGAGCCAGAGCCUGCAAGCUCUGACGAGGGGUCAGCUUCCGGGGGUGACAAGUGA